UAAAGAAAGGAAGUACAAAGUGCGAGGGUCGCUCGAAGGCGUUGCCCGCCAUCUUCAAUCUUCUGAGUGUGUUUGCGCAUAAAUAAAAAAUAUAAAAAAUCUCUGGAGGGUACUUUAAAAACCCUAAACCAAGUUCUUUGUUCGUGAGUGUCACCUGGGUAACGAUCGCAGCCGGGGAUAGCUUAAGAUGAAGGUGGUGGCAUUGGUAAGCGGCGGCAAGGACAGCUGUUACGCCAUGAUCAAGUGUAUGGAGUACAGUCACCAGGUUGUUGCAUUGGCGAAUUUGUUGCCGGCUGAUGAUUCAGUGGACGAGCUUGAUAGCUACAUGUACCAAACUGUUGGGCACCAAAUAGUUGUCACCUAUGCAGAAUGCAUGGGACUACCAUUGUUCAGACGACGAAUACAAGGAUCUACAAGGCAUCAGAAGCUUAGCUACAGAAUGACCAUGGGUGAUGAAGUUGAAGACAUGUUUGUUUUGUUAAAUGAAGUGAAAAGACAGAUCCCUUCUGUCACAGCAGUAUGUUCUGGUGCUAUUGCAUCUGACUAUCAAAGGCUACGAGUGGAAAGUGUUUGUUCAAGGUUAGGGCUUGUUUCUCUGGCAUAUUUGUGGAAACAAGAUCAGUCAUUGCUUCUUCAAGAAAUGAUAACAAAUGGGAUUGUAGCUAUCACAGUGAAGGUUGCAGCGAUGGGGUUGGACCCUAGAAAGCAUUUGGGCAAAGAUAUAGGUUUCUUGAAGUCUUAUCUGCAUAGAUUGAAAGAGUUGUAUGGGAUUAAUGUAUGCGGCGAAGGAGGGGAAUAUGAGACAUUGACACUUGACUGCCCCCUCUUUCUUAAAGCCCGAAUUGUACUCGAUGAAUUUGAUGUUAUAAUGGACUCUUCUGAGGCCAUAGCCCCAGUCGGAAUUCUUCAUCCCUUGGCCUUUCAUCUAGAAAAUAAGGAAGAGUCCAAUUCUUUAAGUGGCAUUGACAAAACCUCUGAGAUUUGUCCGGAGAAAGUGGGUUUUGUAUAUGAAGUGCAAGGUGAUUUUCUUCAAAGCAGUGAAGCCAUAUGCCAAUCUGCUGCAGAAGUCACCAAGUUAGAUGGAGUUGCAGAACAUAGACUUCGCAUUUCAAGAACAAAAAGUUAUAGUACAUUUUCCAUUUGUUGCUGGUUGCAAGAUUCGUGCCAUACUUCAGCAGGUUUGCAACAAGAUUUGGAGGUUGUUUUAAAGAAGAUUGAACUAGAGCUUGUGGGAUGUGGUUUUAAUUGGGAGAAUGUCCUCUAUGUUCAUCUAUAUAUUGCUGACAUGAACAAGUUUACCAUAGCAAAUGAGACAUAUGUGAGAUAUAUAACACAGGAGAAGUGCCCUUUUGGUGUUCCAUCCCGAAGCACCAUUGAACUACCAUUGUCACAAGUGGGUUUAGGAAGUGCUUACGUUGAAGUUUUGGUUGCAAAUGACCAGAGUAAAAGAGUUUUGCAUGUUCAAAGUAUUUCCUGCUGGGCGCCUAGUUGCAUUGGACCAUAUAGCCAGGCAACUUGGCAUAGGGAGAUACUUCACAUGGCUGGGCAGUUGGGGCUUGACCCUCCGACAAUGACUCUCAGCAAUGGAGGCCCCUCCGCUGAGCUGGAACAAGCACUAGAAAAUAGUGAAGCAGUAGCUAAAUGCUUUAACUGUUCAAUAUCUACUUCUGCUAUUCUCUUUGUUGUCUACUGUUCGGCAUAUGUUCCAUCACCAGAGAGAUGCAAAAUUCAAGACAAGCUGGAAACUUUCCUUAAGCAAAUGAGGCUCUUUCAGUCAGACAGAGAAAACAUUUCUAAAGCUCUUGAUCCUAUUUAUCUGUAUCUCCUUGUGCCGGAUCUUCCAAAAAGGGCACUUGUAGAAUUAAAACCCAUUCUUUAUGCUCCGGAGGAUAUGGAUAUGGCAAUUGGAACCAUGCAAGACCUUUCUAGUGUAAGGAUGCCUAGUUAUUGGGGUUUUCAGCAUGCAGACUGGCAUGAUUCUUGCUUCCAGAAAUGUGUUGUUCAUGGAAAGAUUUGUGCAGUUAUUUUGUGUUUCACAAGUGAACUUGUUGAGAAGAUAUGCUCCGAUUCUCUAGGUGGUGGUACGGACAAUGGAGAUUAUCCACUUUCAGUCCAAGGGAGGCAAAUGGAAAGUGUAUCAAGAUUUUGCAUUUAUCUUCUUGAUAAACUUUAUAUGCAGACCAAUUUCUCUUGGGAAGAUACAAAGCAUUUGAGGUUCUACUUCCCAACAAGCCUUGGCCUCCCUGUGGAGGUACUGUCCCUCAUGUUAAACAAUGCAUUCAAUGAGUUAGCUGAAAUGGAUCAGAGAGUUAUAAUUGGGGAAGAGCCCAUCUUUAAUCUUGUUCCUGUCUUGGGUGCUGGGAGUUCUGCCACAUCCAUGGAUAAUAUAUUAACCUGUGAACUAUUUGCGAGCAAAUCUUGAGUGGGCUUGUUUCUCAUCAAAGCAUUUGUUUUUAAUUGCCAAUUCAUGAGCAAUCUGAAAAUAGAUAUGGGGGGGACAAAGAUGGGCAAGGGAAGUUGAAAAUUUGUGCAAGACAUUGGUCAGUGUUGUGUCAGAAUCCAUCCUCCUUGAUGCAAGUUCGUGUUGUGUUGAAUGCUAUUAAGUUAUGAUUCACAGGGAAGAUACACUUGGCAACCCAAACUAUGAAAACUAAUGCUUUGCACUCUCCAAUUAUCACCAAUUGACAAAUAUUUUAUGGUCC